GAACAAAGCGGUGGAGUGGGACAUGUCCGGACACUUCCAGCACUGGUGCCUCCGAACCUACGGCGAUUCCGGCAAAACAAAGACGGUGACUCGGAAAAAAUACGACCGAAUCGUCCAUUUACUGAGCGGUUCGGAGCUGAACAGCGCCGACAACGCCAAAUUCAAAUUCUGGGUGAAAUCCAAAGGCUUCCAACUGGGAAUAGAGGACCAGAGGAGGACCUCCGCCGAGAAACCAGCGGUGUUCGUCCCGGUCAAGUCCACGACUGGAGAUGGAGUCCCGGCCAAGGAAAGCAUCUCUCUGAAGCGAGUGGCAGUUGUGGAGGAUUUCUUCGACAUCAUUUAUUCGAUGCAUGUGGAAACGGGAACAGAGACUGGGAAGACAGCUAAACACGCCGGGCAGAAGAGGACCUACAAAGCGAUUGCCGAGACGUACGCCUUUCUGCCCAGAGAGGCGGUGACGAGAUUUCUAAUGAGCUGUACAGAAUGUCAGAAACGAAUGCACAUAAACCCCAAUGACAUGGAUACGAAAGAAAACGAAAAGCCUUCUGCGUUGGCUGGGGUGAUAGAUUACAACAUGCCCAUAACCGCCACCUACUUGAAUCAAAUGAAACUGCAGUUUAUGAGCACCUCUCAAAACGAGGAUGAAAGUUCAGUGAGCAGCGAUGACUUUGACAUGAGCGAUUCCACAUGGAUAUCUGCAGACCAGUGUGUGAACUCUGAUUUAAGCCCCAGCCAAGAAGAGAGAAUGCACAGCCCACAAAAUCAGCAGAACCAGGAAGAUGAUGACUCGUCUUCAGAGUGUUGCAGUGGAAACGGCUCCUCCGCCCUGAACCCGCCAGCCAUUGGUGGCAGCCAAGGCAAGAACGUGUCUCCGGACAUGAAUGGGAACAGCUCGACCGGCCUGGACUACAGCGGCAGCUCCGAGGACCAGCCGGUCAACCUCAGUGAGAGGCUGCAGCCCGGACACGUCACACCGGCCUUUCAAGCGGAUAACGGCAGCACGGAUGGGCAGCGAAACCGGGUCAAAUACACUGGAAAAACAGCACCUGACGUCCGACUGGACCGAGGGAGGGAUUACGGGUGUAAGUCGCCUCCCUACAGCUCAGGAAGCUAUGACUCGGGCCGGAACGAGGGGCUGGGGGGCUGCCCUGAGGAUCUGUCCAUCAGCCGCGGGGGAGACGAUGACGAUGACGAGCACGACCACGACGAAGAUAACGAGAAGAUCAAUGACUCGGAGGGAAUGGACCCCGAGCGGCUGAAGGCCUUCAAUAUGUUCGUGAGGCUGUUUGUGGACGAGAACCUGGAUCGAAUGGUUCCCAUUUCAAAACAGCCCAAGGAAAAGAUUCAGGCCAUCAUCGAGUCGUGCAGUCGGCAGUUCCCGGAGUUCCAGGAACGGGCACGGAAACGCAUUCGCACUUACCUCAAGUCCUGCAGGCGAUUGAAGAAGAACGGCAUUGAACUGGCGUCUCGUCUCCACGCCUCUUCCUUGCGACAGGAGGACGGGGAAGAGGGAGCUUCCAACUUCUUCACCACCAGUGCAGCCCCAUCGUCGGCCACCAGGAGGCGGGCUUGCUGGAGGGUCAGGCGGACAUCGGGCUUUCCAGCCAACGAGACCCGGCCCACUCCCUCUCACCUCACCUCGGCCAUGGCGGAAAAUAUCCUGGCCGCCGCGUGUGAGAGCGAAAGCAGGAAAGCCGCCAAGAGGAUGCGUCUGGAAUCGUACCAGCAGCAGGACGAACCUAUUGCACUAGACAAACACAGCCUACAGGCCCGGGAGUCGACCCAGUUUGCACACACUACUACCUACUCGCUCCCAGCUGCUUCCUUCUCUCAAGAUCAGAUGUACAUCAACGGAGGACUGAACUACAGUUACCGUGGUUACGGAGGAAUAGGUGGCGGACUGCAACAUCCCUCCCCCUUGCAGACUGGAAACCUCAGCAAUGGUCCGACUGAUCUGAGCAUGAAGGCGCUGGCUUCCAACUCCGCUUCAUCCAACACGAAUAACAGCCGGAGUGUGGCCACGACACAGCUCAGCCCCACAGAGAUCACCGCGGUUCGGCAGCUCAUCGCUGGCUACAGAGAGUCGGCAGCCUUCCUCCUCCGCUCAGCAGACGAACUGGAAAACCUCAUUUUACAACAGAAUUGACUCUCGGCAGCAAAGCCCCCACUUCUAUCUACUGAUAACCCCCAACCCCACCACCACCACCACCACAACCCCUGCUCCCCAUCCUCCG